AAAUCAAUCAACAGGAACUGGGGAAUAAAGAUAAAUGUGAUAAUAAUGUAUUUGUGUAUUUGAUAAUCUUUACCCAAUGAAUUAAGAAAUGGCUGCUGUAAGAGUUGGUAUUUUUGUGGAGUUCAAUUAUGAGGCUAUUGAAUUGUGGUACCCCCUACUGAGAUUCAGAGAGGAGGGAAUGACCACAUUCACCAUCGGACCUGAAGAAGGGAAAACCUAUCUCUCCAAGAAGGGUCUGCCCAACAAAGCUGAUAAGUCCAUUGACAAUGUCACGGCUCAGGAUCUUGAUGUCUUGAUCAUCCCUGGAGGGUUUGCUCCAGACUAUUGGCGUAGGGACCAACGUUUCCUAACCUUGGUGAGGGAUGUGUACCAGAGUGGGAAGACAGUGGCGGCCAUUUGUCAUGGUCCCUGGAUGUUUGUAUCAGCUGGUAUACUCAAGGGGAAACGGGUCACCUGUUUCUGCUCCAUCAAAGAUGAUGUCAUCAAUGCAGGAGCCGAGUACGAGGACACUUCAGUGGUGGUGGAUGGUAACAUGAUAACGUCGAGGAUCCCCGCCGACCUCCCAGACUUUUGUAAAGCCAUUCUAGCUCAUGUUAAGCAGACAACAAAGUGACUCAACAAUUAACUUAUUAGCUUGAACCAAAAUGCUGUUUUUCACAAAUUCCAUGCAUUGCUUGAUUGGUGAUAUUAAACACAUUUGGUUUCAAUG